GUGCAAUAACAUUGACGAGGAGACCAUCUCGUCAUUCCGUGCGGAGUCGUUUUUUUUUAGUUAUUGUAAAUUAGUUUAUUAACAAAUUGUAAUCACACUGCCAAAGUAGACAUGACUGACCCGAGCAAGCUGAGCGUCGCUGUGGUCUGUUCAUCGAACAUGAACCGUUCCAUGGAGGCGCACAGUUUCCUAGCGAAAAAGGGAUUCAAUGUGCGCUCCUACGGCACCGGCGAACGGGUCAAAUUGCCCGGCCUGGCGUUCGACAAACCAAAUGUCUACGAAUUUGGGACCAGCUACGAGGAAAUCUACCGCGACCUGGAAGCCAAGGACAAAGAAUUUUACACACAGAACGGACUGCUGCACAUGCUGGACCGCAACCGGCGCAUCAAAAAGUGCCCGGAACGCUUUCAAGAAACCAAAGAACAAUUCGAUAUUAUAAUCACGGUGGAGGAGCGCGUCUACGAUUUGGUUGUGCUGCACAUGGAGUCAAUGAAUUCCGUUGAUAACCGACCCGUGCAUGUGCUGAAUGUGGAUGUCGUUGACAAUACGGAGGAUGCACUGAUGGGCGCAUUCCUAAUUACAGACAUGCUCAAUUUGAUGGCGAAGUCAAACGACAUCGACAACGACAUCGAUGAAAUGAUCCAGGAAUUUGAGGAGCGAAGAAAUCGUGUGAUUCUCCACUCCGUCCUCUUCUACUGACAGCCAACGGUACAAAAAGUCGAGGCAACAAACACCUGCGAUUCACUGACCACAAUUGCUACCAUUGAAUGUGCGAAAAGCGUUUUACACGAUUUCACUCGCGGAUCAGCUGUAAAAAUGCGAGGAGCAAGCACAUCGAAUAAUAAUAAUAAUUAAUGUAUAUUUCUACCAAUGGGACGAACCGAAGAACAAUACAACCACACACACACACACAUACACUCGCAAAAAAGGUCGAAUUUCCAAAAAAGAUGCAAUAAAAUUGUAAAAUGUGUUUACUGCAUGUGCAUACAGAAUAUAUUCUGAAUGCGACUUUAGUUUAAUUGUGCCACACACAAAAGUUGGCUCAAUAUUUAUUAUAAUAGUUUUUGUUCUCAAUUGUGUAUGUCUAGUUUGAUUGUAAAUAUAAUACAAAGCUAUAAUUCAAUAUGUCCAUUGGGCUAUUGGCAUCACACCUAAUAUAUCCAAUUACUAAAAUAUACUGAACGUAUAUCAUAAUAACAGCAAUAAUUAAAAUAAUAAUACCGUGGGCGUUAACAAAUGAAAACUUGCUUGAA